CAACGUCUUACUUAUGUACGCCUUACAGCCGUUUUUUUGGCCCAAAACCUGAGAGUUGAUAAGUACAUCUUCCCAUUCAGUAUAUCAGCUCCCACGAGCAAAGCCCAGUUGCCAAGCAGGUGAGAUAAUGACCACCAACAAAUCAAGUGACCCAGAGGCACAAGCUCCCGAAAUAGCAUCCUCUCAACCAGAUAACCACCAUGUUGACAUCUCAUCAAAACACACUCCAGCCCGUCGCAACAACAUAGGCCACCUAAACCGCAAGCUCAAAUCUCGACAUGUCCAAUUCCUGGCCCUGUCAGGUGCCAUAGGAACCGGCCUCUUCGUAGGCUGCGGCCAGAUCCUCUCCCUAGCGGGCCCCCUCUCCGCCUUCCUGGCCUAUCUAUUCACAGGCCUCAACCUUUACGCCGUCAUCAAUAGCCUCGGCGAAAUGGCCACGUACCUGCCCCUCCCCGGGGCUGUCCCCGUAUACGCCGCUCGCUAUGUGGACGAGGCGCUGGGCUUCACCUUGGGGUGGAAUUACUGGUAUCAGCUCGCGAUCGGUGUGCCGAUCGAAGUUACAGUGGCGGCGUUGAUUAUAAAUUACUGGCCUCAAAGCGCGGUUCCGGAUGUGGUUUGGGUCACGAUCCUGUUUCUGGCUAUGGUCAUCGUGAACUGUUUCCCCGUGCGCAUCUACGGCGAGGCCGAGUUCAUAUUCGGCGCUAUCAAGAUCACCACCAUCGUCGGGCUAAUCGUGCUCAUGUUUGUCAUUACGCUGGGGGGCACGCCGAGCGGCGAUCGUAUCGGGUUCCGGUACUGGCAUGACCCGGGGCCCAUGAACGAGUAUCUAGCCACAGGUGCGCUGGGCAGGUUUCUCGCAUUUUGGAAGGUCUUUAUCCAGGCUACGUUUGCGUAUGGUGGGAGCGAGAUGGUGGUGAUCGCUUCGGGAGAGACGGAGAACCCGAGAAGGAGUAUACCCAAGGCGAUCCGGCGGGUGUUUUGGAGGAUCGCGAUAUUCUACAUCCUGGCCAUUUUCCUCGUGGGGCUGUGUGUUUCGUCUAAGGACGGAAGGCUGCUCGAUGCGAUCGCCAGUUCUGCUCCGGGCGUGGCGGCUUCACCGUUUGUGAUUGCUGUCGAAAACGGUGGGAUUGCGGUCCUGCCAGCCAUCAUCAACGCCGUUGUGCUGACCUCCGCUUGGUCGGCAGGCAACUCUUUUUUCUACGCCUCGACGCGGGUGCUCUACGCCGCCGCCCUGGAUGGCAAGGCGCCGAGAUUUCUGACGUACGAGCGCUGGGGUAUUCCCUACGCUUGCGUUGCAGCGACAACAUUGCUGUCGUGUCUGGUGUAUCUCAACGUCAACAAUCAAGGGGCGGAAGUAUUUUUCUGGUUUUCAAAUCUCUCGGCCGUAUCCACGUUGAUUGUCUGGGCCUCGAUCUGCAUCACCUACUUGCGGUUCUACUACGGUCUGCGUCAUAACGGGAUCGCUCGGGAGAGUCUGCCGUUCAGAUCGCCACGGCAGCCGUACCUAGCGUGGUUCGCUAUCUGCUUUUGUUUGGUUGUCGCCUUCUUUAAUGGUUUUGACGCCUUCUUCCCGAGUAAGUUCAGUGCUAAGUCGUUUAUACCGCCGUAUAUCGAUAUCCCCAUAUUUGUUGGUCUGUUUUUGGGCUAUAAGUUGGUCAAGGGAACGAAGUUUGUAAAAUUGUGCGACAUGGAUCUGUGGAGUGGAAAGGCCGAGAUAGAUAGUUUCGAAGGCACAUGGCCUGAGGUCAGGCCGAGGAACUUCCUCGAGAGAAUUUGGUUCUGGAUAGCGUGACGUGUUCAGUCUGAUACUUCAGAAAUGAUACGGCGUGACUUUGAAUGAUAAGGUUUAAUUCGUAUGUGCAGACCUUUUUACCAUUUCAAAAUCCAAAAAUAAAAUCUGGCCUCCCCUGAAAGUACUCAUCCCAUGUAACGUGAGUGCCUUCAGGGGCCGCCGCAUCCGCAGCCCAUUUACCCCUGACCUCAUCUAUUGCAGCGAUGGGCCCCAGUGUCCCACACGUAUGACCCAGAAGCGCUAAGCCAUCCGUCACGAACUCCUGCAGCUCCUUCUCAUUGUGCCCUACCUCCAUACCUAAUACAAACACCGGGAAGAAAAUGAGUUUGCCAAUCUGAUGUGCACUGGAAGGGUCCGAGAAGACCGGUGCGACGGCGUCGGCAAGAGUUUGCCGG